AACUUGUUUCUCCGCGCGGAGCCGCAGCAGUCAGUCACGCAGCGUGACGUUACGCAAGAGCCGCGUCUCCACGCUCGCGUGUGUCCGUCGUUUCGCGAGCUCUCCUCCGCGCGUGUGGGUGUGUGAGAGUGUGUGUGAGAGUGUGUGUGAGUGUGUGUGUGCGCGAGCCGCAGUCAUGGCUGUGGACGGAACGGAGCAGCGCGCGCUGCAGUACGAGCAAACUUUGAUGUAUGGCCGCUACACUCAGGAGCUGGGUGUUUACGCUAAAGAGGAGGCCGCCCGGAUCCGAGAGGAUGGACGUCACCGGCGCUCGCUCUCUGAGCGCGGCCCGCCGCUCAAACUCCUGGAGUACGAGAAGGGACGGUGUGUCAGGUGUCGGAGGUUUCCAUAUGCCCUGGAAUCAUCACGGCCGGACUUUUUUUCUGUCUGUGCAGUGCACUGCCAGCGGUUCCUCAUGUCGCGGGUCGGCGAGGACUGGAUCUUCCUCAUCCUGCUGGGACUCGUCAUGGCUCUGGUCAGCUUCGUUAUGGACUUCUGCAUCGCCCUUCUCCUGCAAGCACAGAAGUGGAUGUACGGCGGCUUGGACAGUAACGUCAUCCUGCAGUAUUUAGCCUGGGUCACGUAUCCCGUGGUUCUCAUCAGUUUCUCGGCGGGCUUCACGCACAUCGUGGCCCCGCAGGCCGCCGGGUCCGGUAUUCCCGAGAUGAAGACCAUCCUCCGGGGAGUGGUGCUGAAGGAAUAUCUCACCUUAAAGACGUUCGUGGCCAAAGUGGUGGGGCUGACCUGCGCGCUGGGCAGCGGGCUUCCUCUGGGCAAGGAGGGUCCCUUUGUGCACAUCGCCAGCUUGUGUGCCGCUCUUCUCUGCAAAUUCAUGUCCUUCUUUGGCGGCAUUUAUGAGAACGAGUCCAGGAACAUCGAGAUGCUUGCGGCGGCCUGCGCUGUCGGGGUCGGAUGCUGCUUUGCUGCUCCUAUCGGAGGCGUGUUGUUCAGCAUUGAAGUCACCUCCACGUUUUUCGCCGUGAGAAACUACUGGCGCGGGUUCUUCGCUGCUACGUUUAGUGCCUUCAUCUUCCGCGUUCUGGCCGUGUGGAACCGAGACGAAGAGACCAUCACGGCUCUCUUUAAAACGCGCUUCAGGCUGGACUUCCCCUUUGACCUCCAAGAGCUUCCGGCGUUCGCUGUGAUCGGAAUCGCCAGCGGCUUCGGCUGGGCUUUGUUUGUGUAUCUGAACCGGCUAAUUGUGCAGUUUAUGCGAAAACAGAAAACUAUUAACAAGUUCCUCAUGAAGAAGCGUCUGUUGUAUCCCGCUCUCGUCACUCUACUGGUUUCAACACUCACUUUCCCUCCGGGUUUUGGCCAGUUCAUGGCCGGACAGCUUACACAGAAGGAGACUCUGGUUUCUUUUUUUGACAAUCGCACUUGGACGAAGCAAGGAAUGACGGAGGACUUUAAUUAUGAAAGUCACUCGCACGCCUGGAAACAUCCGCAGGCCAACGUCUUUGUGAUCCUUGUCAUCUUCAUCGUUAUGAAGUUCUGGAUGUCUGCCUUAGCAACUACUCUUCCUGUACCAUGUGGAGCCUUCAUGCCUGUGUUCGUCAUUGGGGCUGCGUUCGGUCGUUUGGUCGGGGAGAGCAUGGCUGCAUGGUUUCCAGAGGGCAUUAAUACAGACGGAACCAUCUAUCCCAUAGUUCCCGGAGGAUACGCCGUUGUGGGUGAGAGCUUCAACAGACACUCAUCACACGGCGUUAUCCGAGCGGUCAGAGUCUUGAUCGUGUUUGAGCUGACGGGUCAGAUCAGUCACAUUCUGCCCAUCAUGAUCGCUGUCAUUCUCGCCAACGCCGUCGCUCAGAGUCUUCAGCCGUCCAUCUACGACUCCAUCAUCCGCAUUAAGAAGCUGCCGUACCUCCCCGAGCUCGGCUGGGGCCACCACGAGAAGUAUAAUAUUCGUGUGGAGGACAUCAUGGUCAGAGAUGUUCGUUACAUCACGCUCAACUCCAGCUACAGAGACCUUCAUGAGAUCCUGCUCAUAGGGAACCUCAAAACAGUUGCCCUGGUCGAGUCUGCAGAGUCCAUGAUUCUGCUGGGCUCUAUUGAGCGUGCUCAGUUACAGGCUCUCCUCGCGCAGCAUCUGAGUCGCGAGCGGCGCCUGGAGUUUAUUCGCGAUCGCAUCGACGCCGAGAGAAAGCGUGUGUCUGUGGUCAGCACUCCCAGCAGCGAGGAGGGGGGGCAGAAGGUCAACCACGAGGUUCGCUUCCAGAUCUCCACAGAAGAGUCAUCGUUCACUCCGACUCGUCCCAUCUCACCUAAACCUCUCAAACCUGCGCUGAAGAGGACGUCUGCUUCCGAGAAAAACAUCGAGAUCCCCACGAGUGAUUCUGGCAUUGGCUUGAAGAAUCUGUUAUGUGCUCGACCUCAGACUGAUACAGUGGAGAAUAAUAACGUGGAGCUCUCGGUGGCUCCUGACUUCAGGCCUCUCAAACGCGUCAGGAUCUCACUCCUGGAGGAUCCAGAUGCAGAGGAUGACAUGACUCUUGGCGAGAUUGAGGAGUGGGAGGAGCAACAGCUUGACGAGCAGGUGAACUUCAACAGCUGCAAGAUUGACCCCGCCCCCUUCCAGCUGGUGGAGCGCACUUCACUGCACAAGACUCACACCAUCUUCUCUCUGCUGGGUUUGGAUCACGCUUACGUCACCAGCAUCGGGAGACUUAUAGGAGUAGUUUCUCUGAGAGAGUUGCGUAAAGCCAUCGAGGGCUCGAUGACGGUGAAAGGCGUGAAGGUUCGUCCGCCGCUGGCGAGCUUCAGAGACAGCGGCACCAGCGGCACCAGCAGCGAAAGCGAAGCCACCGAGCUCCACAAACUCUGGGACCGUCACACCAGCAUCAGCAUUCCUCGAGAACACCAGCCCAACGCCUCCGACUCGGACGAGAAGUCGCAGUGACCCAAAAACCCUCGCCAUCCACCUCCCUUCUGGAGAAUCAGGGACUCUCUGCGUAUGCGUGCGUUUAUGUGUGUGUGUGUCUGAUGCUUUCAUCUUUGACGUCGGCCACCGUUCCCUUUUUUCGCUAGAAACGUGAAGCACAAGAUCCGUUUGUGGUUUUUAUAUAUUGGGGGAAUCUCAGUUCUUUCUUUUUUUCUCGCACUUACGACAUUUUUUUUUCUUGCAGUUACGCCUUUUCUCCUCACUAUGGACUUUUUUCUCGCUAUUCUGAACAAUUCUCACAAUUGUUUUCUUUUUAUCACAGUUUCUUGUGAUCUUCCUUUUCUUGUUAUUUUGACUUUUCUAGCUACACUUUUGCAUUGCAACUAAAUUUUUUUUUUCUCGUGAUUGUCUUUCUAGCCCUUGACUUUUCUCGCUCGUCUUUAUCUCAUAACUACGAUUUUUCUCGCAAUUGAGAAUUAGAACUAUUUUCACAAUUAUAACUUUUUGUCGCAAUUAUGACUUUUCUUCUGGCAAUUAACUACAAUGUUGACUUUCAUAAUUAAUUUUUCGCAAUUAUGACAAUUGUAAUCAAGACUUUUCUUUUCACAAAUAUAAAUUUAUUUUUGCAACCAACUUUCUUCGCACAUAGGACUUUUUAUUUGCAAUAUAUUUUUUCUGCAAUUUCGACUCUCGCAGCUAACUCUUUCCACAGUUGCGACUUUUUGUUUUGAAUGACUUUUCUUCUCAACGUAUUUUCUUCUGGCAGUUGCCCUUUUUUUCGCAAUUAUGGCGACUUCACACAAUUGGACUUUUUAUCGCAAUUACAACUUUUUCGUAAUUGCUUUCUCCUUGAAAUUAUGGCGCUUCUCACAAAUGACUUUUUGCAGUUGACUUUUUUUUCACGGCUAUAACUUUUCUUUGUGCAUUUAUGUUUUUUUUCGCAAUUCUGACACUUUUUUCGCAAUUAUGACCCUUUUCUCGCGAUCCUGAAUUU